GUAGGAGCUGAAUUGAACACGUGGCACCAAAGAGAUUGGAUUCAGCCAUAGCGCCAGGAACCUGUGUAGCCGGUAUAGCCUAGCUCUGUAUUGUGGGCGCUCAUCGAAAGGCGACCCGAAAGCCAGCAACAGAGGACAAAGCGAUGAGCGGAGAUCUCUCGGGCACAUGGGACUGUCGGCAACUGCCGUUAUUUUUGCUCCCGCUGCGACCGGCCUGACUCCGCCUGAGCGCGAUGACUCUUCGCACGUUCUUCUCCCCGCCGAGGCCUGCUCCUACCAUUGCCAACGCUCAGAUUCCGUCAACAUGAAGUGGACUAGGAUACUCUGUUCUCAGGCGCUGCCCGCAUCGGACUUUCGCAACCUAUUUAAUUGGACCCGCCUGACUUGACACACUCGUUUCUCGCUCGGCAAGUCAAUGUCACAGGCAGCCUAUCAUGAGCA